GCUCAAGAGCUGUUGCUGUUACCGUUUAUGUAUUUUGUGAAAGUGUAUCUACUGUGAUAAUUAUGCGUCACUGUUCUUAUAUAUUAUUUUUCCUUCUUUUAUUAUUUUCUAAUUAUGAAUUCGUAACAUCGAAACGAUUAACUGGUGGGCAUACAUAUCCAAAGACCGGUGGCUUUUCUGGCCGUGGACGCCAUCCAUAUACUCCGGCUAGCCGUAAGACCUCCCAUUCGGGAAGUGGACAUCGACUAUCAGGAGGCAGCCAUCUAAAACCUGGAAGUUUGUCAAGAGGAGAUCACGGCUAUCCAUCACCUGGCGGAGGAAGUCAUGUGCACCCUCCACCUAAAACUCACACCGGUAGUCACCUGUAUCCGGUAUCUAAUACACAAACUGGCAGUCAUGGAUAUCCCGCUGGUAAAGGAUUAUCUGGCAAUUCAAAUACAGGAGCUGGACAUACCACCAAUGUACACUACCAUUACAAUUACAAUCCUCCGCAGCAAAUUCAUUAUACUCCUACGCAUGGUGGGUCGCCUAUGAAUUAUCCAGUUUAUCACUCACCACCUCCAACUUAUGUGUAUGAAUAUAGGGAUUCAGGAAGUAAGUAUGGUACGUUAUUGGCUGGUUUAGCGCUUUUUAACCUCGGAUCUCAAAGUAAGAGUCAUUCAAAUUAUACACCAAAGCCAGGUGAAAUAUGCAAAUUUGCUAUUAAAAAAGAUAACGGAGAUUAUGAAGAAACUAAAAUAAGCUGUAAUUUGAUAUCUAGUUUUAUAUACCAGGAAGAAGCUAAAACUCAAAGUGGAGGUACGAAUACAACUGUCGUAACAACAGUGACAAAUAUUACAACAAUAAAUGCACCAAAUAACAGUGAUCCAAGUCCAUCACCAGUAAAUACAAAUUCUUUGUAUGAAAUGUUACCAAAUGGCACACUGGUUCCUAUAAAUGCGACAGCUGCAAAUACAACAACAGUUGACUCAAACAAAACAGUCGAUGGCACAAUGACAUCUUCAGUAACAAUCACAACAACCAAUACUACAGUGACUAAUGCGUUGGAUGUGAAAGGUAAACCGAUUAAUGUUACGCCAGGAAUGCAGUGCUUUGUGAUAAGUCAUUCACCAGUAAGGCAUAUGAAGAAGGCUGUUCCUUGUGGAUUAUUACAAACAUACGCUGAUCAAUCAUUGAAAAAAAAAUCAGCUUAAAAAAAUGCGCCCAUAAUUUCAACAAUCGACGUAUUUAUGUUUAAAACAGUUGUAUUGAAAACAAACUAGAGAUAAUGUGGUUCACACACCUAUUUAUCAUGCUAUUAAUUAUGUUUUGUAUUUAAUAUACUAUUAAACUUGAACAUUUACAUAAUAUGGUAAUCUAGAUUUCCGUUAGCGUUUUGCAAAGGUUUCGUUUGUAACGUGCUACAGAUGUCUGUAUCACAACUUUUAUGAUAUAAUAACCUUUUUUUGUCACCGACAUUCUUGACAGCAAAAAGCUUUUGUAUUGUUUUUAUAACCUG